UUGUGUUAUAAGUUUUUGAAGUUGGUGAUAUUGAGUGUUACUUAUAACUGUGUGUGGGUUGGGUGAUAAUUCGAAUAAAGUUUUCGGGAGUUCGCGUCUUAAAUCUCGUAAAUUUAAAAAUGUGAGUUUAAAAAUAAUCAGUUUUAAAAAAAAGUUUUUAGUUUUUUUUUCUCAGUUAUAAUAAUAAGUGUUGAAAGUUUGUGACAUUUAGUGUUAAGUGUAAGUGUAUGUGCUGUGAUGUGUUGUGUUGUGUUGUGAUGUGUAGUGAGUGGUACCUGCAUUGGAGAUGAUGGAGUUCCUGGAUGAUGUUUCAGGCCCGCAAGUCACCAAGGUCUGCCUGAAUAUGCUCCGGUCCGGGUCGCUAUGGGGGUGGCCAUUUUGCCCCGGAUGACUGGUUUCCACACUUUGCUGAUAUGUUUUUAUCAAGGACCAGUUAUGACAGGAACGUACCGGAGAUCGGUGAGUACAGAGAGCGCGGGAGAAGAUGAAGGGAGCAUUGGGGGUGAGGAAACAAUCACGAAUCUGGCCAUGACAACGAGAACACCUCGUAUGAGCUUGAGUGGCCGUCCGGGAGGAUUCUUCCGUGGCAUGGGGAGCCAACAUCAUCACCACCAUCAUCAGCAGCAUGUGAGCUUUGACCCAGAAGCACCGGAGCCACCACCUCCGCCUCCGAUGCCACAGUAUCAUCAUCAGACAUCGAAUUUCCUCGAGAAACCCGAUGUAGAUAAAAAGGUCAAGCGACACAGUAUUCAUGGAAUGAUGGAAGAAGAAAAUGUAGUAAGGCCUCACCAAGAGAUGGCAAGUCUUUCUUUGGCUGAAAAAAAAUAUCUUCUAGCUGUUGAACGCGGUGAUGUUGCUUCUGUAAGGAGGAUGUUACAACGAGCACAACAGGACGAGUGGAUAAACAUAAAUUGUGUGGAUCCAUUGGGCAGAUCAGCGCUUUUGAUGGCAAUAGACAAUGAAAAUCUUGAGAUGGUUGAGUUAUUGAUAGAGUACAAAGUCGACACUAAAGAUGCAUUAUUACACGCAAUAUCGGAAGAAUUUGUCGAAGCUGUUGAGGUGCUUCUCGAGCACGAGGAGACUCUACACAGGAAAGGCGAUCCCCACAGUUGGGAAGCACUUCAUCCAGACACAGCAACUUUUACUCCAGAUAUAACGCCUCUAAUUCUCUCAGCUCAUCGAGAUAAUUAUGAAAUUAUUAAAAUACUUUUGGAUCGCGGUUCUGUUUUACCUAUGCCACAUGAUGUUCGUUGUGGGUGUGACGAGUGUGUGACCUCAAGAAUGGAGGAUUCGCUGCGACAUUCAAGAAGUAGAAUAAAUGCAUACAGAGCACUGGCAUCUCCUUCACUGAUAGCUUUGUCUUCCAAAGAUCCCAUUCUUACAGCCUUUGAAUUGUCGUGGGAGUUACGGCGACUGUCUUUCCUAGAGCAUGAGUUCAAAUGUGAAUACCAGGAACUUCGACGUCAGUGUCAGGAUUUCGCUACUGCGCUCCUAGAUCACACGAGAAGUUCCCACGAACUUGAAGUACUUCUCAAUCAUGAUCCAACGGGACCAGCAUUUGAACACGGCGAACGUAUGCAUUUGAAUCGAUUAAAAUUAGCUAUUAAACUUCGUCAAAAAAAGUUUGUUGCUCACCCAAAUGUACAGCAGCUCUUAGCGUCAAUUUGGUACGAAGGAUUACCAGGUUUUCGCAGGAAAAAUAUGGUACUGCAAGUAUUAGAAAUAGUUCGAAUCGGAAUUCUCUUUCCAAUCUUCAGCGUGGCAUAUAUAAUCGCACCUCACAGUAACUUCGGACAAACAAUGAGGAAGCCUUUUAUUAAAUUCAUCUGCCACUCUGCUUCCUACUUCACAUUUCUCUUCAUGCUGAUACUUGCCAGCCAGAGGAUAGAAAGUGUAAUUGGUCUCUGGAUGGGUCAAGAUAUCUCUGAACACGAGCAAACAACUCCAACAAAACGCGGGGCAGCUCCAACUCUCGUUGAAUGGUUUAUCUUGGCAUGGGUGUCAGGACUAAUUUGGUCCGAAGUUAAACAACUGUGGGACGUAGGACUCGAGGAAUAUGCUAAUGACAUGUGGAAUGUAAUUGACUUUGUCACAAAUUCACUUUACGUUGCCACUGUCGCGUUAAGAGUUGUGGCUUACUAUCGAGUUCAAAAGGAAAAUGAAGGGCAAUUAGCUGGUAUGAUAGUUGAACUCCAGAGAGAGCAAUGGGACACGUGGGAUCCCAUGCUCAUAUCAGAGGGACUUUUUUCAGCUGCUAACAUUUUCAGCUCGUUGAAGCUGGUUUAUAUCUUCUCGGUAAAUCCUCAUUUGGGUCCACUACAGGUAUCAUUAUCCCGAAUGGUUAUGGAUAUUAUGAAAUUUUUUUUCCUCUAUGUACUUGUAUUAUUUGCAUUCUCCUGUGGACUCAAUCAACUGUUGUGGUAUUACGCGGAUAUGGAGAAAAAAAGAUGCCCGUCGGCUUCGUAUCCUUACAGUAAUAACAAUACCACCACUGAUUCAAAUGCUUGCAUUGUUUGGAGACGUUUUGCUAAUCUUUUUGAAACAAUUCAAACACUUUUUUGGGCAGUAUUCGGUCUAAUAGAUCUUGAAAGUUUUGAACUGGACGGUAUUAAAAUAUUCACAAGAUUCUGGGGCAUGCUGAUGUUCGGUACUUACUCAGUUAUAAAUAUAGUUGUAUUAUUAAAUCUACUGAUCGCAAUGAUGAAUCACUCGUAUCAGCUGAUAUCCGAGCGUGCAGAUGUUGAAUGGAAGUUUGCGAGAAGCAAAUUAUGGAUCAGUUACUUCGAAGAAGGGGGAACUGUACCACCGCCGUUCAAUAUUAUACCGACGCCUAAAAGCAUGUGGUACAUUGGCAAAUGGAUCUAUAGAAAAUUCUGUGGACAUAGUAGAGCUGCUAAAAAAGAACACAUGAGAACUAUACGUCGUAAAGCGAAGCAAGCGUCGGAGCGAGAUCUGAGGUAUCAAAGUAUCAUGAGAAAUCUUGUGAGAAGAUACGUGACUGUGGAGCAGAGGAAAACAGAGGGGGAAGGUGUCACUGAAGACGACGUCAAUGAAAUAAAACAGGACAUCAGCGCAUUCAGAUGUGAACUUAUUGAGAUCCUGAAGAAGUCUGGAAUGAAUACAUCAACAUCCUCUGGAACCGGUACCGGCGCUGGGGGUAAAAAAAAUAGACAGAAAGAACGGAGAUUGAUGAAAGGAUUUAAUAUUGCGCCCCAGCCACCCGGUGGCAGUGGAACUUUGCCGCCGGUUGCGGAGUUCAUUGCGUCUCUCCAGCAGGCUCAGGAUGAGAACUCGGAAAAUCAGGAGCUCUUCGGUAGCACAUUGAGUAGCAUAUUUGGACCUGCAACUACUCCUAAGAAGAACCCUCAUCAUAUUAGCACAAACAGUGUGCCGGGUCUGACGACUAGCAAUCGACAGAAUCGGUGCACACGCAAUGGAUCCCGUAAACGCCGCUGGGGAACUUUGAUUGAAGCUGCCAAAGCACGUUCACGGCUCAUUGCCGGUAGAUCGAGAUCUGAAGAUUCCAUGUAUCCACCAGCAUCUGAAGAUGGUGGAUUCCGUUCCGAGGGUUCAUCAGAUUCAAAAUCAUCUUUAGAUGGUGCCCCGCAACUUCCAUCAACUCACGAACAUUCCCAAGUGACAAGUCAGAGCACCAACGGACGUAACGAAAAUCACCACGUGUUUUCUCACGGUCUUGGUCCAGCUCUCGCAGCUCUUCGUAAGAAGCGCAAAAAAUUUUCCGCAUCUCGUGCUUCGACUCCCGUAAUAACCAGUGAAAAUGCCAGCACUGUCGACAGUUUAUCAACGUUGCCAGUUCGAAACUCAUCGACAUCUUCGGCGAUCGGUAAAACGACGAAAAAUCAAUUACACCGAGCUAGCAGUGUCCCAGCUCGCAGUCCAGAUCUUUCGGCGCACAAUUUAUCAAGACGGCACGACUCGACCCAGAGUCAGCAGCCAAGUCUCGACACCAUUGAGAUUGUUAGUGUUAGUGAAAGACUCGAAAACGAUGAUGUAAGAAUAGAUGUUGAACCACUGAGUCCUUCAACGACGGAAGAAAGUUUUCUAGGUCAACCAACAACCUCAAGGGACUCAGUACCAGUUCAAAGUCUUACGACAAGCGUCAAAAGAAACGGUUCUGCGACACAAUUGCAGAGACUACCAGGCAUUGAGACAAUUCGUGAUGUCACCUCCGGCUGGCUCUGAGGCUUCAAUACAAUCAAAUUGACUCGA